GUUCUUCAUCUAUGAUAUCUGCCAACUAUCAUGUCCCCACUUUAACUGGGGAUAACUUUAAGACCUGGAAAGAAUCAAUUUUGAUUCAUUUGGGCUGUAUGGAUCUAGACUUGGCAUUAAGGGUAGACCAACCUGCUUCUCUUACGGAGAAAAGCACUAUUGAGGAAAAACAGUGCUUUGAGAAGUGGGAAAGGUCUAAUCGCCUUAGUCUAAUGAUCAUAAAGAAAAGCAUUCCAGAAAUUUUUCGAGGAACGAUAUCUGAUGAUAUCACUUUGGCUAAAGAGUUCCUUGUCGAGAUUGAAAAGCGCUUUACCAAAAGCGAUAAGGCGGAAAUGAGUACUCUUUUAAAGACACUCAUUACCAUGAGGUAUCUCGGCAAAGGUAACAUAAGGGAGUACAUCCUCAAGAUGUCCAAUAUUGCUUCUAAAUUGAGGGCACUAAAGUUAGAUCUUUCGGAGGACAUGCUUGUCCUAUUGGUCCUGCUCUCACUUCCUACUCAAUACGAUCAGUUUAAGGUCAGUUAUAACUGCCAAAAGGAGAAGUGGACUCUUAAUGAGCUCAUUUCUCACUGUGUUGAGGAAGAAGACAGAAUGAAGCAUAAAAGGGCUGAGGAGGUACAUAUGGUUGGUACCUCGAAAGAUCCUGGUGGCUUUAAAAGAAAACAUAAGGCCGUUAAGGUUGAGACUGCAACUAAGGGUCCAGAUCCUAAGGUUAAACCGGAGGAAAUUUUAUGUUUCUUCUGUAAGAAAUCUGGACAUCUAAAGAAAGAUUGUGCUAAAUAUUCCGCCUGGCGCGUGAAGAAAGGUACAUUCUUUAAUUUGGUUUGUUCUGAAGUUAAUUUUGCUUCAGUACCUAGAAACAUUUGGUGGUUAGACUCUGGUUCAACUACUAACAUCAGUGUUUCAUUGCAGGGUUGCCUGAGCUACCGAAAACCAACUGAUGCUGAAAGACGCAUUUACUUUGGAAAUGGUGAAUCGGUAAGUACUGGAUAUUUUGUAGAAUUAAAAGACACUUUUGUUAUACCGUCUUUUAGACGGAAUUUGAUUUCUGUUUCUUAUUUGGACAAAUCUGGUUAUUGUUGUUCAUUUGGAAACAAUAAAGUUGUGUUGUCUUUUAAUUCUAAUGUGGUUGGUUUUGGUACUUUUAUGGCAAAUGAUAAUUUAUAUAUGCUAAAUACUAUAACUUCCUAUAAUGAAACCCUCAAUGUGGAAUCAAAAGGUACAAAGCGAAAAUUAGAUGAAUCAAGUUUGCUAUGGCAUAAACGUUUGGGUCAUAUUUCGAUAAAUAGAGUUGAAAGACUCAUUAAGGAUGGAAUUCUUGAUUCUAUUAAUUUCUCGGAUUUUGAUGUUUGUGUCAAUUGUAUUAAAGGUAAACAAACCAAAGUAAAGAGGAUAGGUGCUUAUCGAGCUACGGAAGUCUUAGAGUUGAUACAUACGGAUAUUUGUGGGCCUUUUCCUACACCUUCGUGGAAUGGUCAACAAUACUUUGUAUCAUUCAUAGACGAUUAUUCUCGAUAUUGUUAUUUAUACCUCAUAUGGGAAAAAUCUGAGGCAUUGGACAUGUUCAAAGCAUUUAAGGUUGAAGUUGAAAAUCAACUCAGUAAACGCAUUAAGAUCAUCAGAUCUGACCGUGGAGGUGAAUAUUACGGCAGAAAUGAUGGAUCUGGUGAACACCGUCCAGGCCCAUUUGCUAACUUCCUUAAGGAGUGCGGAAUAGUUCCUCAGUAUACUAUGCCAGGUUCGCCUAGCAUGAAUGGAGUUGCUGAGAGACGAAAUCGCACAUUAAAGGAUAUGGUUCGAAGUAUGAUUUGCCAAUCUACUUUGCCACGAUCCUUGUGGGGGGAGGCACUAAAGACUGCAGUUUACAUACUAAAUCGAGUACCAACUAAUGCAACAGCUAAAACACCCUAUAAAUUAUGGACUGGGCGUAAGCCUAGCUUAAGGCAUUUUAGGGUGUGGGGUUGUCCAGCUGAGGCGAGGCCUUAUAGGUCAAAUGAACCAAAGCUAGCUCCUCGUACGGUUAGCUGUUAUUUCAUUGGUUACUCAGAACAGUCGAAGGGGUAUAAAUUUUAUGAUCCCACAUCAAGAAAUAUUUUUGAGACGGGUACUGCCACGUUCUUUGAGGAUGUUGAGUUUGGGGGGAGAAAUACAGUUUCAGACUUUACUUUUGAGGAUCAAGAAAUCACCAAAGUGGUUGACCCGAUUCCUCAAGAGGAAAUAGUCAUUCCAGCUCCCAUACAGUUUCAAAAUACUUCUGAGGAGAUUGUUCAUUCUGAACCUGAACCUCAGCAUGUACCUAUAGAACAAACUCAACAAACUCAAGAACAUACAGUUCAAGAGCCAAUGCUUUUGCGGAGAUCCACUAGAGAACGUAGAAAUGCCAUUCCGGAUGAUUAUUUGGUAUUUCUUCAAGAAAAUGAGGAUGUGGGUGACUUGAAUGAGAUUGAUACAGUUUCAGACUUUACUUUUGAGGAUCAAGAAAUCACCAAAGUGGUUGACCCGAUUCCUCAAGAGGAAAUA